AUGGUUUUUCCCUCAAAGAGAAAAUCGACCGCCUCUGCGUCGUCUGUUACAGUACCAUCUAAUGAAAUAGAGAUGAAGGAAGAGUUUGUUUUGAAUGUGAGAAUUCCCCUGAAUUGUUAGCCAACAGAAAUUUACUCAGACAUAUGACGAAAGCACGGAUUAUGUGCCGCUAAUCGACGGAAAACCUUUCGACGUCGAUGAAUACUGCAAGAAUUUGAAGGUCUGGAGAGUUGCGAUCUCCAUUUAUCAUAAAAUGAUUUCAGUUGGAGAUAGUCAACGAGAGCGAAGACAAAAUGACUUUGGAGUUCGAUUUAUUGUGUGUUGAGGCGCCGAUCGCCAACGCACUGCGCCGAAUUCUCAUUGCUGAGGUGAAAAGCCUCGUCUUUUUCUUGUUAGUUUAUUGUUCAGGUGCCCACAAUGGCUUUCGAGAAAAUCUAUCUGUACCAGAACACCAGCGUCAUACAGGUAUCAGAAAAAGUUUAACAAUAUCAUAAUGAAGAGCACGGAUAAAGUCCCUAAGGACCUCAGAAGAAGCUUUUGGAAAAAAAGACCCCUUUCUUUUUCAUAAAUGAUCCUUUUUGGGAGAAAAACAGGCGGAAAUAAGUGAGGAAAAAAGAGAUUCAUAGAAACUUUUGACAUUUUCUUAGGUACUCAAAAAGGGGCUCUAGAAUCUUCGCCAUUAGGCCGUUUGGACUUUGCCCUUUAAAAAAGGCGGAAACUCGGCCUCAGUUUCAAGUUAUCCUUCAAAAUAUUUUUUUCUGAACUAAUUUAUCUGAUUUGAUUUUUAAACGAAGUUUUAGAGUCAAUUUCUUCUUUUAAAGCUCUACUAAAGAUAGGAGAAUCGAGAACUGAACAUAGAUUUUUUUUUUGCAGGAUGAAGUGCUGUGCCAUCGACUAGGAUUGCUUCCGCUCAAAGUUGAUCCCAGAAAGUUUCUGCCUCCGUUGGAAAAAGUCCGAAACCGUUGUAUUACAAUUCAAAAAGCUCAUUUCUCCAGGUUGUUGGCGUGAACGAAAACGGCGUCGAUUGUGAAGAGGAACCGGAAGCCGAUCCCCGGAGAAACGUCGUUUUUAAGUUUCACGUGAGUCACUCAUUUGUUUGAGUUUUUACGAGCAUUUCUCUUGAAGAAAUGGUUCCUUUACGUUCUUCAUUUCUGUUCUAUAGGUGACGUGCACGAAAAACAGAAAUGCGGCAUCCACGGCGACGGAUCCCAAGCAGUUGUAUCACAACAGUUCUGUCUACUCAAGAUCCUUCAUUUGGCAGCCAGUAGGAACUCAGGUUUUUGGUUUCCGAAGAGGCCUUAUGCAAUUUCGGGGUUGAGGAGAAAGAGUUCGCGAAGAACAAGCCCCGCAUCGUGCACGACGAGAUUCUCGUGGCGAAACUGCGGCCGGGGCAGGAGAUCGAAGCGAGUUGCCACGCCGUCAAAGGAAUCGGCCGCGACCAUGCCAAGUUCUCUCCAGUCGCCACUGCCUCAUAUCGGUUACUCAUUUGUUCCUUUCAUCAAGAAAUACUUCAAAUUCUUUGGUAUAAAAAAUCAAACUGCGGAAAUCGAACCGCCAAAAGAUGGACCUUUAAGAAAAUGGGGUUUUUCUGAAGAGAAAUCUCUUGAAACUCAGUCUUUGAUUUGAAGAUACAGGUCCCAAUGAGGCUUUGCGUGACAUUGAACUUUUCAAAAGUUCAACCUUUAUUUUCUCAAUUCGAAAAUUUUCCCACCUGAAAAGGUUUCUUCCUUGUUUUACUUCUCAUAAUACACAUCUAUCUUUUUCGAGAAGAAACUAGUGAAGACCCGUUUUUAUCGAAAAAGCUAUGAUAAAACAAAAUAUGGACACUUCAUGCGCUAUAAGCCAUUUGGUCGUUUCAAACAACGUGAUCUUUUCAAUAAGUCACGUAAAUUAAAAAUCAAAAUAAUAGGCUUCCUAAUAGAACAUUUAAUCUCUUUCUCUUUUUGCGCAAUAUAUUUCGAAUGAACUCUACGACGCGUUUUAAAAGUGUAGUUAACGGUCGGAAAACGAUAAUUAAAACUUUUUAAAUUUUCAUAUACACUAAAUUGGUUCGACUGAGAUAGCAAAAUGUUCGAAGGUUGCUCCCCACAAUUCGGAUUCUGCGGGAAGUGAGUGGAGAAGCAGCACAUCGACUGAAAGACUGUUUCAGCGAAGGAGUUAUCGAAGUCGUCAAAAAAGGAGGUUCUCCAUUCAGGACAAUGUGUUUGAACCCUCUCGUUCUAAGGCAAGGAGGUGGCGGUAGUGAAGGACGCCCGAAGGGACACCUGCAGUCGAAACGUCUUCAGACACGAGGAUCUAGCCAGCGCUGUCCAGCUUGGCAAAAAUAAACAGCACUUCAUUUGUAAAUUUUUUUCUCAAAAUCCGAUCGGUAAAGAGAGUUUUCAGUCAGUAUCGAGUCGACUGGUGCUCUGAAAGCCGAAGAGCUUGUAGAAGAAGCGUGCAAAGUGAUGGAAACCAAGUGUCAGUCGCUGAGGAAACAGGUCGAGGCUCUCAUGUCCUGAUCCCAUUUGUUUUGUCAUUGUUGUUAUAUUUUUACCAGCUUGUUGAGCUUUUUGUUAUCUUCAUUGUUACAGAAUAAAUAUAUCUCACUUGUUACUUUUAUUUUUCUUCAAAGUUUAAUUCUAUUCAAUUACCUGAAGAACUUUCCAAUAAAUAGUUGAUUUCAAAAAAAUUGAGGCAUAUGAGGUUGUGAGGCGGAGUAUUUAGCUCUCGAGCCGGUCAAUCAUGGGUUUUCCCCAUGAUACAAGUUUUUCUUGAUCGCCGCGCGGCAGGUGAGUUCCCCUUUGUGUUUUUUUUUCGAAAUAUUAUAUAUACAAAAGCGAAUAUAUCGCUAUACUGACAAAGGAGGUCAUUUUACUUUGCGGUUUGAAGUUUCACACAAAUUUGCUCAAACCCUACGAAUGUCUAGAUGAAAAUACCUCAUAAUCGCGACAAAACUUCUAAGUUUUGAGAUAUGAUUUUUCAAAGUUCAGAAACAUACGUUUUAAGGCUAAAGUUAUCUAUUUUAUAAGUUGAGUAUAUUUUCAAUUUUUCUUUGAAGGUUCAUGUGUAACUUGUUGACUUUGAAUUUAUUUUUCUCCAAAACUAGGAAGUUUGGUACAUUUCCAAUUUCACCGUUCGAUUCGCAAUGAAAAACUCUACAAAGUACUGCUUUUUUUUAACUGAAUAACCGUUUUUUACUGCCCCUAUGCCUUUAAAUAGGUGUUGAGAUGACUUUUCUAUGAUAGAAAAAAAAUUUCGUACUUCUUCUCAGAUUUUUCUGUUUUAUUGUAAAUCAUUGUACUCUGGCAGGUGUCGAAACCGAUAGCCGACGCGGUGAUUCGCUACGGGAAGGACCACCCAUUGUUUCGCAACAAACUUCUCAUUCCAAUUGGAAGAGGUUUUUCACGUUUCUUCUUUUAUAUGGGAGUCACGUCUUUUGCGGAUAUCCAAAACCCCCCUGGGAACUUUUCGCCACGCGCUUUUCUCCACUGUUAACCUUUGCGAAAUGUCUGUCUCCAUUGUGAGAUGCGCCUCUGGAAAACUUCGUCUUUAUAUACGAGAAGGGAGUGAAAAGAAUAUACAUUAGAAAAGCGAAGAAUGACAGAAAAAAUUGUUGUCUUAGGAUAUAAAAAAAACUUCUCAAAAAAUUCGUUUAUUUUGUAUGAGGCCAUUUCCAAAGUGACAAGGCGACUCUUGGAGAAAAAUUACCAUUUUAUUUAUUUUUUACUUCCAAACGCGGCAUGAGAUAUGUGACAAAGAUAGUUCAGUUCAAUUGGAUAAAAAAACAUUCCUGAAAGAAAACAUGUAUUAUCAAGAUACUAUUUCACGUUGAGCAAUACAGGGUUGGUUCGAAUGACGACUCGGAUGAGAAUGAAGGGACUUGGGCUCGGCGAGCCGGUGGGGACAGUUCAGAUCUCCGAAGCGGCGGCUCUCGAGCAGGUCCUCCAUCUUCUUUUCGUCUUCUAAAUAUCCUCUUAGGCCUCCGACUUUGUACAGCAACUCGUCCUGUUCUCAUAUUCCGUGGGGGUCUUUGCCGGCUACUACUUCUACACAAAACUCACUUCGCCGGAAACGCUGAAAAUUGAAGAUUUCGAGAAGUAUCGCGAACAACAGGAGCAAGUAUGUUCAUCCUUUGAUUCUAUUCAUGAACAUCCAGCUGCAGUAAGUAAUAAUUUCAAAAUUUUUGAAGUUUUAUUAAUCUCAUCUUAUACGUGUUCAAAGUGUUUAUCAUUCCUUGUUAAUGAUUUUAGGCGGUCAAAGAACUCCGGUUGCAGCUGGAGAUGCUUGAACAACGGUUAGCGGCCCAAAACAAGGUAUUUUUUUCAAUAAAAAGAAAGAUAAACAUCUACGUUUCAGAGAUCAUUCUUUUCGAUUGGAUCGUCCUCCCAAUCAGAGACGAAGCCCAAGACUGAUCCUCCAGUGACCACUUCAGUAGUCACUCCUGCAGCAGCAGAAUCUCCUGUCACCCAGCCGAAGAAGGGAAGUUCGCGGUUCCAAAGAAUUUCCUCGCUUCCGAUUGACGACGCCGCUCGAAUUAUCCUCGACGGUGAGUAAUUGUCGUUCCUAACUCUCAUGCUUCUUUUCCUUGCAAUUUCUCUUCUUAUCCGGGUAGUUACAUCUAUUUCGACUGCAUUUAGAACUUUUUUUUCUUAUGCUCUCUUCUCAACUAGUUCUCGGAAAACCUGGGUCUCCUGUUGUUUAAACCUCUGUGUUUUCAUCAUUUUCUGUUUCUGUUUGUUUGUUCUUUUGGUUUGAUAGGUUUUUUCGGACUUAAAUAAAACAAUCAAAAUUAUAAAGAUUGCUGUAUCUCUAACCAUUUGGUAAUGGUGAUUGAAAUACAGAGGAGGAGUAUUUGGUUGUGCGUUCGGGCUCAUCGAUAGGCAUCGAGAAGGCGUCGACCCACGCGAGACGCGGAUUCCCACUCCGGUUCCGGCCGCCGCCUCGGAAGCCACCGACGUCGGUUCUUCGUUGCUUCGAAGACGCCCUAGACGCCGUCCGUCGUCGUCCAACUUCUUAGUCUUGUCUUCAUAAUAGCAUGUCAUGUAGGAAAUUUCGAUUGAUUGUGUAUCUUCUUCGCAUCAUAGCUCACUUAGUUCACUAUUUAUAAAGCCCUACUAGUUGGCCAUAGCUUUUUCAUUUUAUAUCUGCUCACUUUGAAUUUGAGAUACGUUUGUUCCCUAAUAGCCUGUCAUGUUGAACAAUGUGAAAGAGUUUUCACUAAGGAAACUUUUAUAACUCUUACUGUCAUUUUUCAACUCAGCGACAGUUUAGCUGCGAGUCUUAUUUUAAAAAAAAGUCAAAUUUGAACAGAUUCAAACUUUGUUCCUUAUCAAACCUGUUUUUCUCAUCUUUUUGAGCUUGCAUUUCGGCCUCUCAAAGUGCCAUAAUUAGCGUGUCCAUUUUCACUUACAUGUGUUUUUAAUCAUGCCGGAUGAGUUGUUCGAUUCUAGUCCAAUUGUUUGUUCAAAGGUCUUGUCACGGCUGCUUCUCCUCUGUUCUUUCCGCAUCCACAGUAGUCAAAAGGCGACCAUUUUGAAAGGAGUUGAUGAGACGGAUCGUAUUUUUAACGAGUAUUGUUUAGGCGCGUGGAGGGCGGAGCAACGAUAAAAUUGUUGAGGAGCUGCUCACCGAGGCGGGACCUUGACUGUACACAUCUCUUGUUAUUAUUUGUACUUUUUUCUCGUUUUAGGAUUUUGCUUCAUUUGGAAACGAAUUAUUUCGUCAAUAAAAACCAAAGGCCACGUCUUUUUGAAUAUCGCAUCACAUGUACGAAGUUGAUCAGAUUUCUAGUCUAUUUAGAGCUAAGUUUGUGGCGCUAGGGACAUUGAACACAGAUCUGAUUGGCUUGGCAGGCGGAGCGAAAAAUGCGAUUUAGGGCUCGCCUUGCCUUGUUUUGUCCUUUCCCGCGAAUCGUCGGUUGCAGGAAUCGCUGAAUUUUUCACUUCUGACCCAUUCAUGCUGAGAGCUUCCUUUGUAAGCAUCAGUCUGGGGAUGAGCUUCUGUCCUUUUGUCUGCAUCGAUGCUUUUUCUUUCUUUUUCAGUUUUACUACGAACACCUGCUCGCCUAGUUCCAAUCGAUUUCUUUAGAGUUGGAAUAUUCUAAUCUGUUUCCAGCUGAUUCGUGACAUUUAAUAGUAGGCGCGGUAUUCUUCACCAUUUUUUCCGAGUUUUUUUUCACUUUUUUCUCUUCCCAAUUAUUAUUUGUGCGAAUUUCUAAAUCUCGUUUCCUGUAUUUAUAUCCAUUCCGUAGGCAACUUGGUUGAGCUCUAAAAAGCUACCAUCAAAAAGUUAAAAGUUCUAGAUGAAAUUUUUGAUUCAUUUAUCGUUGAACUUGGUAGGGGCUGGUCAAAUAAUCUCCGCAAAAGUUGUAUUGCAAGGUGCCAAGUACAAUUUCAGGAUAUGAUCGAGAUCAAUACUUGUUCAAACUGUUGGUUUGGAUUAUUCAAGAAUUGAAAAUAGAGAAAAAAAAGAUGUAGAAGACGAGGUAGAAAAAAAAAAUGUAUUGAGAGACUGACUGUUCAGCAAGAAGAAUUUUCUGACUUUUGAUAAAGCCGGAAGAACGUCAGAGUUUGAGGAGCACCCGACCAUGGCGGAGCAGAAGAAGAGACGAAAAAGCGGAAAAUGCGUCACUUGUGCCGUUCGGCCCAUCCACGCAACAAGUUCCUCGCGGAAGAGCCGCUUCCGACGUUUGUUUUUGUCUUCGUUCCCUCCGGUCUUCUGGUACCCGAUUGCAGACAAAUCGCUUCGAAGCUCAUCUCUUUUUUCUGA